AUGUCGCGCCCGCGGAGAGUCCCUGCCUUCGACUCGCGAGCCGGCUUCCGAGCCGAGGCCCGGGACGGCGGCGCGCCCGUGCCCCAAGGGCUGCUGAAGGCGGCGAGGAGCAGCGGGCAGCUGAACCUGGCGGGCAGGAACCUCGCGGAGGUGCCUCAGUGUGUUUGGAGGAUAAAUCUGGAUAUUCCUGAGGAGGCCAAUCAAAAUCUUUCAUUCAGUACUACCGAACGGUGGUGGGAGCAGACAGAUCUGACCAAACUCAUCAUCUCAAAUAACAAGCUUCAGUCCCUUACUGAUGACCUUCGACUCCUGCCAGCCCUCACCGUGCUUGAUAUACAUGACAAUCAGCUGACAUCUCUUCCUUCUGCUAUAAAAGAGCUAGAAAACCUUCAAAAGCUAAAUGUCAGCCAUAACAAACUAAAAGUGCUCCCUGAAGAAAUUACAAAUCUCAAAAACUUGAAGUCAUUGUAUCUCCAGCAUAAUGAACUAACUUGCAUACCUGAGGGAUUUGAGCAUCUUUCAAACUUAGAAGAUUUGGAUCUCUCAAACAAUCGUCUUACAACUGUUCCUGCUAGCUUGUCUUCUCUAUCCAGUCUCUUACGACUCAAUCUUUCUAGUAACCAACUAAAGAGUUUGCCAACAGAAAUAAGUAGAAUGAAAAGAUUAAAGCAUUUGGAUUGUAAUUCAAAUCUCUUGGAAUCUGUCCCUCCUGAGUUUGCUGGCAUGGAAUCUCUGGAGCUGCUAUAUUUGAGGAGGAAUAAAUUGCGUUUUCUACCAGAAUUACCUUCGUGUAGAUUACUGAAGGAAUUGCAUGUAGGUGAAAACCACAUUGAAACAUUAGGGGCAGAGCAUCUGAAGCAUCUGCAUUCGAUCCUGGUGCUAGAGCUGCGGGACAACAAGCUGAAGUCUGUUCCUGAUGAAAUCACCCUCCUGCAGUCUUUGGAAAGGCUUGACCUGAGCAACAAUGAUAUCAGCAGUCUGCCCUAUUCAUUGGGAAACCUUCAUCUGAAAUUCCUAGCACUAGAAGGAAACCCUUUAAGAACUAUUAGAAGAGAAAUUAUAACUAAGGGAACUCAAGAAGUCCUAAAAUAUCUACAAAGCAAGAUCAAAGAUGACAGUCCUAGCCAGAAUGACUGUGUUCCUGAUACUGCCAUGACACUACCAAGCGAGUCCAGAGUCAAUAUGCAUGCCAUUGUCACACUGAAGCUGUUAGACUAUAGUGACAAACAAACAGCUUUGAUUCCCGACGAUGUGUUUGAUGCAGCAAAGAGCAAUAUCAUCACUUCUGUUAAUUUCAGUAAGAACCAUCUGUGUGAGGUUCCCCAAAGGAUCACAGAACUGAAGGAGACAGUUUCUGAAGUCAACCUCAGUUUUAAUAAGCUUUCCUCUCUAUCCUCGGAGCUAUGUGUGCUUCAGAAAUUGACUUUUUUAGAUUUAAGGAACAAUUAUUUAAGUUCUUUGCCUGAAGACAUGGAAUCAUUGGCAAAUCUACAAUCAGUCAAUCUUUCCUUUAACAGGUUCAAGGUGCUACCUGAGGCUCUGUAUCGGGUUCCUGCACUGGAGACGAUCCUGAUUAGCAACAAUCAGGUUGGCUCUGUGGACCCCCAGAAAAUGAAGGCAAUGGAACGUCUGGCCACAUUGGACCUUCAGAAUAAUGACCUCUUGCACAUCCCCCCAGAGCUUGGGAACUGUGUGAAUUUACGGACGCUGCUACUGGAUGGAAAUCCAUUCCGUGUUCCUCGAGCAGCCAUACUAAUGAAAGGAACGGCUGCUGUGCUGGAGUAUUUGAGAGACAGAAUCCCAGCUUAAGUCAGAGCCAGUUUCUGACCUUGGCCGUGGUCACUCAGAAGGGGAUGGGCUUUCUGUGGUAGUAUCCUGAGAAGACAGCUGUCAUCAGUCUUAUAGAUAAUUCCCUGUGUCACCAGGCAUUAACUGGCCUGAGCUGUUUCACUACCACAAUGUUAGGUGGUGUUCACACAUGUAGUGGUGCCCCCUUGGGAGCUGGGCAGUGCUCGGGCUUGUUCUGAACGCUUUGCCCAUGCUUCCCUCCUCAUAUCCAUUCCCCAUUAAACCUGAAAGCUCUUCUUCAGAAAUGCAUUUUUAUUUAACAUGAGUUAAUAUUUUUAUAAUGAUAAGGCAUUUUUAUAGAGCGGAGUUCCCCCUCCCUUGUUUCUUUUGUAUUCUGUAUAAUUUGACUGAUCUGAUCCAAUUUCCUUGAUUAGGUAAAAACACGAUUUCACUAAAUACUGUUAUGGCAUUUUAACUAAAAGAAGGCUCUUCAUUACCCAUGGUAGGACUUUGUUCAUUACUUGUCUGUUUGGUUCUUGGGUCUUGAGUGCUUUGGGCAAACGUGUGUCUUUUCUUUCCAGCUUGGAAAGGUGCUUGCAGGCUGGAAAAAAUCUAAACUGAAGUUAGAUUUGAUGGAUGUAAACUUAGUUGAAUAAAAAUGGACUGAAAACA